UAGAAACAGGGAAAGACGUUAGAGAGGACUUGAAGGACAUGCGUUUCGAGGACAUUCUUACUCCUCGGGUGGAUAAAGUCCAACUGGUCGAUCGCUUGGGAGUGGAACCGAAUGUAGUCGGCACAUUGCAUGUAACCACUUCACAUAUCAUAUUUCGUUCCGAAGAAGGCAGCAAGGAGUUAUGGAUAGCAAAUGGCUUAAUUGGAAGUGUUGAACGUGGACCAUUGUCUGCAGCUGGUUGUCCGUUAAUUAUACGCUGUAAACAUUUUCAGGUGAUCAACUUACUCAUAUCUAGAGAUAAAAUCUGUCAAGAUCUCUACGAGACAUUACUUAGAUGUUCGAAAACAGUUAACGUCUGCGAAUUAGUAGCAUUCGAGAACAGAGACGUAGCUGAAGAUGCUCGAGGGUGGUCACGCCUCGAUUGGGCAGUGGAGUUCACUCGACAGGGUAUAGAUAGUGAAUGGGGUGAAAAUGAUCUCAAUAAAGGAUAUCGCAGCUGUGACACGUAUCCGGAACGAUUAUGGUUGCCGGUGGCGGCAAGUACCACUACAUUAAUGGGAUCGUGUCGGUUUCGAUCUCGAGGACGGUUACCGGUGUUAACUUAUUUUUACAAACCUAAUGGUGCAGCUAUCUGCAGAUGUGCCCAACCACUGACCGGCUUCUCAGCUCGGUGUGUAGAAGACGAAAAACUUAUGGAGUUGAUAGGAAAAGCGAAUAAGAAUCGCGACACGUUGUUUCUUGUUGAUACUCGACCUAUGGUUAAUGCUAUGGUAAAUAGAGUACAGGGAAAAGGUUAUGAAGAUGAACGAAAUUAUUCAAAUACGAGAUUCCAUUUCUUCGAUAUUGAGAAUAUCCAUGUUAUGAGAGCAAGUCAGCAGAAGCUUCUUGAAGCAUGUUAUAAAUGUCGAACGAUGAGCGAAUAUUUGCGAACGCUAGAAUCUUCUGGCUGGUUGAAACAUUUGAGAGCAAUAGUAGACUGUGGAACAUUCCUAGCUCAGUCGAUAUCGAGAGGUAUCUCAUGUGUAGUUCAUUGCUCCGAUGGCUGGGAUCGGACAGCACAGACUGUAUCCAUAGCUCAGUUAUUGCUCGACCCAUUUUUCCGCACUAUCCAUGGAUUUCAGGUGUUGAUAGAGAAAGACUGGCUAGGAUUUGGUCAUAAGUUUGACGACAGAUGUGCACAUAUUGGUGCUUUGAAUGAUGAAGCAGCUAAAGAGAUCUCCCCUAUUUUUGCUCAGUUUUUGGACUGCGUACAUCAGAUUAUGAAGCAGCGGCCGAGAGCAUUUCAAUUCAAUGAUCGUUAUCUUAUCGAUAUCCAUGAGCAUGUUUAUUCCUGUCAGUUUGGAACUUUUAUUGGGAACUGCGAGAAGGAUAGAAAGGACUUGCAUAUAGAGAAGAGAACAAAGUCAUUGUGGACAUACUUGGACCAUCGUCAAGAUGACUACUUGAACCCAUUUUACGAGCCAACGACAUUUGGUGUGUUAUCCGGAAUCGAAACUCGAGCUGCAGCGUUCAAGGUCUGGCAUGCGCUCUAUAAUCGUUUUGACGAUGGUUUGCUGCCAAGAGAAACAGCAACGGAUAUGGUGAUGACAGCGAUGGAGCAUGUUGGAGUGCUUGAAAGUCACAUAGCUGCGUUGCGAAUACGAAUUGCUGAGCUGAAAUGUCAGCUCGGUCGAGGAGGGACGUGCUGCGGUAACUCGAUGGCUGACAGUGGUCAUAGCAGUGGUACCGGUCAAUCUGAAGAACGACUGGCUGCCAUAGACCAGCGACCAUCUUCGCGCGAAAGCGGCAUUAGUGUGUCAUAUUCGGAAGAGGCGUUAACACGACUGCCAGUGCGAUGGCAGUCUCUACGGGAUGCAUCUCAUUGCACGUCAAAGUCAUGUAGAGCGGAGUUUGCAUCAGCUGUUGAUAGACGUAUUCAUUGUCAUCGUUGCGGAAAGGUAUUCUGUCGUCGUUGUGUACGGGUAACUGCAGAUGAACGAGAACGUAUUUGCGAAGGAUGUCGAGCGAUUUGCUGAUGCCACCCCGAUGUCUUAUAAUUUGCAAAACCCGGAUUUGGUGGAUACUGUGCAGACAUGGUGUGAAUGCACAACUGCGCUAGAUCUGCAGGCUCUUCUUUAGCCGCUUUUUCCACUUUUUGCAAUUAGAAGUAAAUUUUAUUAGCACCUACCUAUCAUCAUAAGUAUUAUCAGCUUCUCUGCCGUACUCUUGUAGUCGCAGCGUGUGCUUGAAAGGGGGUUUGGUGGGGUGGUCUUCCAGCACAUCGGAAAUUUUACCCUUUCACGUGGAUUGGUGGCUGGAAGGCGGGGCUUCGUGAC